AUGUUAAUUCUUACAUACAACAGGAAAGGGGCAUCCAAAUUCUACAAUGGCAAAACGAAUUCUGUGGCAGAUGCUGCUCAACCGGCAAAAGGCACUGCUGAUCCUGUGAACCCAUCCCCUAAGAAGUGCAAGGGCUUCCUUUCAUUCGGCUUCAGCUGGACCAAGUCUUGGAGCAGACGUGGUGCAACCAGCAGCUCAGAGAACUUCGGGAAGACGCUGUCUGCAGCCCUUACAGGCAGUGCUCAAGGCAACAACAGGGGCGGUGGCAAUGAGCACCAGGGCUGUCAAGACCCUGCUGCCCACUGCCUGCAUCUGCACAGGAGGUCCAACACGCCUGGCGUCUCUGCUUCCCCGUCUGGACCUGGUGCCCUUCGGCCUCAGCUGAUCUCAGUGCAGAUGCAGUCGGUGUCUGUGGCUGGUGUGGAGGACGUGGCGGAGUCCACCGCCUCAGUUUCUCCCAGAGAGAAGCGCAGGAGGAGCUUGCAAUAGUGACAGUUUCGUCUGUCCAGUUAGUUGCUCCACCCACUGGUGCCCGUUUUAAGAACGCGGAAUCCAGUUGCCGGUGCUCCCAGAUUCUCAGUGCA